CCCGAUAGUGGAAUCCAGUGAUUUUGUAUUGAAUGCUACGUUAGGGCAAUCAAUUUCAAUGAAAUGCCAUAUAUGGUCGUACCCACAUCCAUCUUAUACAGUGUGGAAACUAGAGGAUAGUUUGCUAUCAUCCAGUUCUAGAUACAAGACUGAAAUAAUGGGUUUAAACCCUAUAGAACAGGAUUCUUUGCUAACUAUUUCGUCUAUUACCACUGAUGACUUUGGUGUGUAUGCCUGUAGAGUGUACAAUACUAUUGGAUCUGCUAUGGCUAUUCAUAUUAUACAAGAUGUUAAUGAAUGCAGCUAUAACCCACCAUGCAACCAGGGCUGCAAAAAUAGCAUUGGUUCAUACAUAUGUGUCUGCAAUGAUGGAUAUGCCUUUACAAAUGAAAGUUUGACUUACUGUGAAGAUAUAAAUGAAUGUAUCAAACCAGAAACACAGACCUGCGCUCAAAUAUGUACGAAUUUAAAUGGGUCAUUUUUAUGUUCCUGCAAGGAUGGAUAUACAAUUGAAAGUAACAAUUAUGACUGCAAAAAUAAUAUGGACCUUGGUUCUGGCGAAGAAAGAGAGACAGAUCAAUUAUCAAUGGAAAUUACCUCAGAAACGUUGUAUACAGUUAUUGGAGUGUGUGCAGGUGGACUUUUAGCAAUUGUUCUAUUGAUAUUGACAGCCAUCUAUUGUAGGAGACGAACAUUGCAAGAGGAUGAAUGUGAUGGCUUUAAAUCUGUCUUCAGUACUAAUGUAGCGUAUGAGCAAAGUGUUGUAAAAGAUGCCGGUAAUUUGAAUUGUUAUCUCUCGAACAUCAAUAAUUCCAUAUUAAAAGAUGAAUUCCCUCGACAACGUUUGCAGCUUGGAAUAGACCUUGGUCAUGGACGAUUUGGUAAAGUAAUGAUGGCUCGCGCAUUGAAUAUUUCUGGCCAUGGAAACUGGGAAAUGGUAGCUGUAAAAACUUGUAGAGGUUCAGCUUCUGAUUGCGAGAAAGAAGAUCUAAUUCAGGAAUUGGACGUUAUGAGAAAGAUUCCUAAGCAUGAAAAUAUUGUUUUAUACUUAGGAUGUUGUACAAAACAAGAUCCAGUGUACAUUUUGAUGGAAUAUGUAAAGGGAGGCAAUCUGCAAUCAUAUUUACGAAAAUGUCGACCAAGUCAACAGACUGCAACCAGUGAGGAGAUUUCGCCACCUAGUGCAAAAGACUUGAAAAUGAUUUCAUUAGGAGUAGCUAGAGGGAUGAGUAAUUUACAUACAUGUGGAAUUAUUCAUCGUGACUUGUCAGCGAGGAAUAUCUUGAUUACUCCAAAUUUUACAUGUAAAAUCUGUGACUUUGGUCUCAGUAGAGAUGUUGAGGGUUGUGAUGUUUAUGAAAGGACAUCGAAGGGACCACUACCAAUUAGAUGGAUGGCGCCUGAAUCAUUAAAUGACCAAAUGUUUACAAAGAAAACUGAUGUCUGGUCAUAUGGUGUUCUAUUGUGGGAGAUCGUUACACUUGGAGCCACACCAUAUCCAGGAAUGACAGUAAGGGAGGUAAUUCAGGAUGUUACCAUGGGUAAAUGGUUACAGAAACCUUUUCAUUGCAAACAAGAACUGUAUCUAUUGAUGACAAGAUGCUGGGGCUCAGAACCUGCAAGUCGUCCAACAUUUAAAGAGAUUGUCUGUGAUGUGGAAUCUUUGCUUUCUCAGGAGGCAGAAUAUAUAGAACUGAAUACAUACCAAGAGGACAAAUAUAAUAUGUUGGAAAACACCUCUGAUGAACGCGUGUGAUUUUAUAAACGAAUUGACAGAAUUUUAGUAUCAUGAAAAUUUCUUUUUUAUACAUUAUAAUCUGGUGUCAUUAUCCAUUCUAUUAUUCCGUCAUAUACUUCUUUGCGAUCUCAGUCUGUUGACGAGUGAACUUCAUCUCGACGUCAUUAAUUAUAAAUGAACACAAAAUAAUAUAAUAUGAUUAUGGUAAGCGUAUUAACCUGAUGAAAGUUAUCAUUUGACAAAUAUUUGACUUAUUUAGUAAGCAUGAACAUAUAAGAUACAAAGCUUCAAUGUAUCCCGGAUUGCUAAGAUCAUUUCACAUUCAGAUAUAUUUCUGCUCAUUGUAUAGUCUUCCUGUGACAUGGUCACUUUCUUUCUAUCAUUAUCAAAUUUGUUUUCUA